AUGGCCUCAAAUUCCUUCUCAGCACGCCCUUUCACGUCGAUCCCUCCAUCGUCAGAAGCGGCAGGUGAAUCAACGCAUCCCUCAACGCAAGCUCCCAGGUCGCCAGCUGAACCAUGGCUUGAGGGGGUAUUUGUCCCCCAUGUCUACGACUUUGUUAGCGUCUUUGGUCCGGCGAACUUCCAUGGACCGUCACAGAUCCCACCGUUGUACUUGGAGCCCCUCGCAGUAGACCAAUCGGUCACCAUUGGCCACGGGGCCUCGUUCACUACGUUUAAGAGAGCCAUCCCAGCUGCCCCAGAAAUGUCAAUAACCAGCUCCUUGAACGGGUUAUCUAUUCGUGCAUCUAGACCCCGGGAGACUCGACCCCAACAUGUCGUCUACAAAAUUGCACGAGUCGCCUUCAUGGAGGAUGGGACCCCUACACCGCAGACACGUCGUGCCAUGAAAGCGGCAUUAAUGGAACUGUACUCGCUGAGACAUCCACCUCUACAAAACCACCCCAACAUUGUCAAGUUCCUCGGUCUUGCCUGGGGUGCAAAUCACUUUAAUCCGUCACAUCGAUUACCAGUCUUGGUGGUGGAGUUCGCCGAUCGAGGCAAUCUAGUGCAACUCCAAGAGAUGAGAGAUUUGGCUCCUGCCGUCAGAAGCCGUCUCGCUAUCGACAUUGGUGAAGGGCUUAGUAUGCUGCACCGCUGUGGGAUCAUCCACGGGGACGUCAAAUCGGAGAAUAUUCUUAUCUUUUCUCAUUCGGAGAAGGAAUAUGUAGCGAAACUCUCGGACUUUGGUUUCUCUAUGGUUCGAGAAGCGACGAAUGCAGAUGUCUACGUAGGUGGAACCAGGCCCUGGAAAGCCCCAGAGGCAAGAUCUCCAGUCUCCAGGCAUCUCCUCCAGGCUACAGAUAUUUACUCCUACGGUCUGCUUCUGUGGCGUUUAGCAACGGACGGCCAGGAUCCGUUCCGCUUCUGGGUCAGCUCUGCGCUUCAGGGAGAAGCGUAUCUCGACGAGCUUGAACAAAUCAAAGAGAAGGAUCAGCCGGUGCAAAACACUUCACUGGAGAAGUGGUUUAUACCCUAUAUCUUGGCAAAGGGUAAACCUUGUCGAGCAGAGUUGGCCAUGGAUUCGCUUAUUGAAGCAUUAUCUAAACUUUUAACGGUUCUGGAUAUGGCUAAGUUGGGAUCAGCUCAGACCGGCACCAACUUGUCAACAGCAGCCUGGGAGGCUAUCAUGCGAUCUCUGGAGCUCUGUCUUCAAGCCCCGGGGUCUUCGCAGAUCCUGCUUGGGCGUUUCCUGCUGUGGGCACAGGGAGAUGUCUUCUACGGGCGGAUACCAUUCACUCUGAACAACUGUCUCAGCAUCGAUCCCACGAAGCGAGACUUGCAUGAAGCCCUCAACACGCUCACAGGUCAUAGUCGACCACAGCUAGGACCCGGCAUAAAUGACCAAGACAUCUUUCUCCGUAUGGGCUACGAUCAUCACAUUCUAUCCUGGCAGCAGAUGAGAGACCUUCAGCCGGCAGUCCAAUCCUUUGUGUUCAACUGCUUCCGUGCUAAAGUUGAGGAAACUUUAUCCGCGCAGCAGAUCAAUCCGCCCGACUGCUUUGUUCUCACUUCCUACUAUAUCAAUGGCUAUGGUACCCCUGUGAACAUCAAAGAGGCAGAGCGCCUUAUCCGGCUGUGCUCAAAUCCCAACUUCAACCACCUUCCUUCGCGCGCAUAUGUAUACCGCAUCUGGAAACAUCUCGAUCCAGAAUAUAUUCCAAAUGAUGCCAUGAUUGGCAACCUAGAGGUGAUGGCAUUGCAGGGUUCACGAAUGGCUGCUCUUGACCUCAAGGAAGUGGCGCCUGACAGAUAUGCUGAGGCUGAGUCUCGCAUCCGUGACAUAUUGGCCGGCGUCGGAGCAAACUUCUUCCAUGGGAACCAGAUGCUGGGUGGUUUCACGUAUUGGCAAUGGGUACGCACAUUUGACAAUCAAGAAGUUCUUGUUCAAAACCUGAAGGAGUUCGACCGGAUCAGCGAUUACAGAGUGAACAAGCGGGGAGACCGUAUAUUGCACCUGGCAGCUUGUGCUGGCCGAAUACAGGCCAUCAAACCCCUUUUGGACACCUUCUCAGUUCUCACGAUUGAUCAGCUGAACGAUAAAGGAGAGACGGCGCUGUUAUGUGCCUGUCGAGCUGGACAGGUGGCCACGGUGCUUGGGCUACUCGAACUGGGUGCAAACGCUUCCGUUGUCGCCCCUAAUGGAGAAACCUGUCUACAUUGGCUCGUUUCUUUCAAGGAUGAUGACAUUGAUAUGGUCGGAGGGGCACUGGUUGAAGGAGGCGCCGACCUAAGGGUUUUUACGCGUGAAAAGGUCGCGUACUCUGUUUUUAGGGCUACAGUGGAGGUCGAUCGCCAGGUUCCAGGCACGCCUCUCAACUGGGCCGUACAUCACAACCGGGCACGCAUUGUUAAGUUCCUCUUAGGCAGAGCAUCAGAUGCGCGGAUUUGUCUCGACCGUGCGACUAAUCUUGUGGAGCCCUCCCCACUGGAAUAUGCCGCUUACUAUCAUCAUGUCGAAUGCCUGGAGUUGAUGACGGAAGCACUCGACCAAGCAGAUGUCACCUAUACUCUUGGGUCCAUUAUCCAAGCCGGCAUACACUCUGCAGAUACAUUUUCAAUGAUUCUUCGGCAUGGUGCAAGGUAUAAGGAACAAUUGCAGAGGUUCUUGGACUUCUGCCUACGAAAAUCAAAAGAUAAAGUCUUCAUACCGGGAAUUGGAGGAUUUGACACCCAUUUACUCUACUACGCCGUCAGCGAGUGCCACGACGAAGUCGUCGAGUAUCUAUUAUCUGAAGAGGUUAAGAGCUUGGUUGAAUCGUUCCAUAUCAAGUCCGAGGCUAGCCAGUCCCGUCUUGGAGUGUAUAACCCAGGCGAUAUCAAUCGACCCGCGCAAGAACACCGGCGAACACCAGUACUGGAGGCGAUCCGGUGGAAUCGAAAGUCCCUCGUCGAGCUUCUAAUCGCGAACGGUGCCGAUUUGAAGGCAGCAGCCAAGAACCCUUUCAGCGAUGAAAUGAACUGGACAGGCUUUCACAUCCUCGCUACUGCCGGGCACAAUACGGACUAUUCAGAGCUGGUGUCGUUCCUUAUCGAAGCCGGCAUGCAUCUCGGUGUUCCCAGUAGCACCGAGAGCGUACCCCAUCCGCCAGAGAAUCCCUUCCUAGUUGCUGUCCAACACAAUGCUUUCAAUCUAGCCUCUACAUUUCUCGAACACGGCACAGAUCCCAACGCCUUGAGCUUUAGUUCCGGGUUGCUUUCUCUGGAAUAUCCCACCACUGUCCUCGGACAUAUCGUUGCCGCUUCGUCACAGCACACAAUACCACGUCUAAGGUAUAUUCUCGAGCAGUGUUCACAUGGCAACGCUAUAGAAUUCAUCGUGGAGCCCUCCCGGCAAUUGAGCGUGCUUCAUCGCGCCGCAUGGGCACAUAAAGGCAUAUUGCAUCGAGCGCCAUAUGGUUCGCGUGGUAGCUAUUUAUCCAGAGAUGAGUACGACAUGGUCGUCAACCGGGAUAUCAUACGCGAACUUUUGCAAAGGUGGGGAGAUGCAGAAGAUCAUUUGAAUGCGCGCUGCCAGAUUCAUAGGAGAACCGCACUUCACUUGGCUGUCGAAGCGGGAAAUCUCGAGGGAGCCGAGCUCCUGUUGGAGAAGGGAGCGGAUUUGUCCGCCUGCGAUGAUCUAGGACUGACCGCCGUGGAUCUGGCGGUGAAGUUACUGAAUGAGUCGGGUGACCGGCACUCUGAGGACGAGAGCGUAUAUGCUGCUAUGAUUACCUUGCUUAUGGCAGACUGA